AAGUGAUGAAUCAAAUGACGUGAUUGUUUGAUUACUUUGAGAACUUGAACUAUUUACAAAAAAACGAAAUAAUCGAGAAAUUAACAUAUCAGAGAUUAAUAUACGAAUGAUAUAUUGAUAUAACAAUAAGAUAUAGAGAUAAUACAUAUAUAAUCCAUCUUCGUCAGAUUGGUUGUAUGAAAUUUAUCUGUGGAAAGGUUUCAAAUCGGACGGAAGUAGAAUCGAUACUCCAGAAUUCGAUAGUGGCAAAAGUAUGGCCGAAAGCGGAUUUUCAUUUCUGCUAAAGACAAAACAGCAAACAACACAGUGAAAACUAUUAUUAUGACUGAGUUAAAAGUACUUUAUUGUAUCUUCUUGUUAACGUUUUUCGAGUUGACGUCACAAAUUCGACCAUCCUUACAUGGGCACAAUAAUGCCUUCGUACAGGAUGACAAUGAUGUCCAAUACCUUUUGGACAACAUACCUAUGUCUAUGCAUAAGGAUUUUACUAAUACAGUACAGGGGGCUGGGGAUACAACAUCAGAUGAAGAUAAAACACAAGAUUUAUUGUCUUAUGUUUAUUUCAAACCAGAUGUUUUGGACUUUAAAGAGAGACAACUUGGUAUACCCCACCAAGAAACUGUGAUCUUGUUUAAUAGAGAUCACAACAAAACAAUCCACCUUUUAUCAAUUUCUGGAAAUACACGUCAUUUCCAUUCAUCAUUCUUUCGAAACAAAGUAAUUCCACCAUUGGGGAAUACAACAUUUGAUGUUAUCUUUCUUGGCAGAGAAGAAGGUGAUAUUGAUAUACAUCUUUUUAUACAUACAGCAGAUGGAACUGUGAAAUAUCAAGUGAAAGGAAUAAGUGUCAGUAGUCCAUAUCGACUCAGACCUGUAGUGGGUGUUAAAUUACCUUUAAAUGCAACAUUUACUCCACUUAUAUACAUGCACAAUCCACACUCAGAAACUUUACAAGUAUUAGAGGUAUAUAGUAGUGGUGGAGAAUUUCAACUAGAAUUACCAUCAGGAGAAGCAGAAGGUUCACGUGAACUAUGGGAAAUUCCACCAUAUCAGACAAAGCCUAUCAUAAGAUUACAUUUUAAUGCUUACACAGAAAAAAAUCAUACUGCAUACAUUAGACUUAAAGUAAACAAUACUUCAGAAGUGCUUAUUGUAACAGUUGAAGUCGAAGUUAAAAGUGGGGCUGGUCUUCAUUGGGGUGGAAGUUCUGGAGUAAUUAAUUUAGGUAUGGGCGGCUCACUGCAACCUCCCAUCCAAUACCCUAUUGCUUUGAAAAAUUCGGCAAAAAAACCAAUAAAAGUUAUGAAUAUAAUUAGUACGCCAGUUUCUAAAGCAUUAAAACUUCAUUUCGAGCAGGCGGUAAUUCCUGGAGAUACCGAUAUACCGAUUGCCAUAGGAGCAUUAAUUUAUGACUGGAAGACUGGUUUAGAAUUACAACAUUUUAAGGGGAAAUUAGUGAUAAAAGCUAUAGGUCCUGGUGGUUCUAGUCAGAAACUAACAAUUCCAUGGGUAGCACAAGCUCUACAGGGUGGACUAGAAGUAAACGCAUCAAUUACCCAUUAUUGUUCUCUCCAAUCUAAUCAAACACGAAAUUUUAGCGUUGUUAAUAAGUUUAAAUUACCAUUAGCUAUUACAAAUGUCACAAUGUCAUCGUAUGUAAAGACACUUUUUACAAUAAAAAAUUUUAUUCCAAGAGUAAUAAAACCAGAGCAGAAAGUUAAUAUAUUUUCUUUACAACUCGCAAAAGAUAGGAAAACUGAUAAUGUGAAAAUGGAAUCGUCAAUUUUAAUUCAUUCAAACGUUUCUGUAACUGAAGUUCCAUUGUUAAGUUAUGAUGGUAAAGUAAGGAAAAUUGUUCCUGAAGAAAGAGAAAGUGACGAAGGCACGAUGAAUUUUGGCACAGUAGGAAGUGGAACUGAAAAUGAGGCUAUUUUUGCUUUGGAGAAUCAAAAUCCAAUUAAUAUAGAUUUACAUGGUUGGGGUGUUAACAUGCCUGGUGCAGUUUUGGAACUUAUGGGUUGUCAAAAAGGUCCUGCUGAUUUAUUGGAUAAAGAACUUCGUAAUAUAACUGUAUGCAGUCACACGGGUAAUCAAUACAUAAAACCUGGUCACUUAGCCAUUUUUAAAAUUAAAGUCAAAACUCCAAUGGUUGAGGAAGAUACAAUUGUGGGUGAUGUAUUCGUUAGAACAACUUAUGAAAGAUUUAUUUUACCAGUUUACAUGCGGGUUGCAUAUGGAAGAAUUUCUUUGAAAAAACUUAUUUUUACAGAUUGUUUCCCUGGAUCAAUUUGCGUACAGCAAGUAAAGGUAUAUUCAACAUUCGUUAAGCCUAUGCAGGUAACUCGAAUCGCACCAGUAAAUAAAGAUAACAGAAUAAAAUACAUACCUUUAGAAGAAGCAUCAAUGCCUGUUAUAACGAAAGGAGAAAAUUACAUUGGUUCAGUAAGAAUUGAACCAUCGGUGGCUUGUAAACAUCAUUGUUAUUUAGGCUUAUCAUUGGAUAGCAAUGCUGGUAAACAGUGGUUAAACACCUUGGUCCUACCUUCACAUACAAGAGACUCUGAUUUAAAUUUAUUAAAUACCAGAUAUACACGAUUUCUUAAUUCAACAGGCGGUCGUUCUUGGGACAAUAUUACGAUGCGUUUAGAUACAACAGAAGUUCGCGGGCACAAAUUUUAUUUAAAUAUAAAACCACAUUGGCCGAGUUUAUUAACUGGUUUUGGUAAUAGUAAAAAUAAAGUCGCUUUGGUGUUUCCUUUGACGCAAAUUGGAAAUACAUCCUAUAGCACGAUCAAAGUGUACAAUCCAAGUAUCACUCCUUUAAUAAUACAGUUAGUUAUGGAUUGGAAUUAUCCACAAGGAACAAGACUUUAUCAUUCGUUACCUUCUAAGUUUAAAUUUACAUGUGUAGAAUGUGGAUCUACAAUUGCAGAAGAAUUCAAGUUAGAAGAAAGUAUAGUAGAUAGAGAAAUGUUCGAGAAAGAAUGGGACAUUACAGUAGCAUCACAAUCUAUUCCCUUGUAUUUAAAACCUUCGGAAUCGAGAACUGUACAAGUAUCAUAUACACCUUUCUCACCAUCUUUAUCAUCUGCACUUUUAUAUAUUAGGAAUAACAUGACUAUUUUGGAAGUAUUGCGUGUGAUGGGUCAAGGAGCAAAUGCACAGUUUAGAUUUGGAAAUCGAAAGCCAGGUUCUACUACGCCUUUACUAUUCGAACUUGCGGAAAAACAUCUUAAAGAUUGUGAACGAGAACGAUUUAAACGAAAUCCGGUUCCAAAUCUGACAGUAAAGAGAUCCUUUAUGGCAAGGAAUACAGGAGAACUUCCUAUAGAAGUCUACGAUUUUUAUAUUAACGGUUUACGAUGCGAAGGGUAUGGUUUCAAGGUACUGAACUGCAUGCCGUUCAAAUUGAACCCAAAUGCCACAAAAAAGGUGGAAAUAGCAUUUACGCCAGACUUCACCUUGUCACGAAUCGAAAGGAAGCUCCUGAUAUCUACAAGUUUGGGUUCUGAUAGUGAUAUCGAGAACGGUAUGGUGAUACUUAAUUUACUCGCUACUCUUCCUCCUCAUUCUUUGGAAGCUUGCACAGCGGCACUUGCGAGACCGUCAUGGGAAUACACUGUGCAAUGGGCAGCUAUAAGUCUUUCGUCGAUAUUAUUAAUAUGUGUUCUCGCUAUUUCAUUUCUUGAAGCGGAUCGAAUAUUACGGGGAGCUUUAGCUAACUUCUCAAGAGAAAGUUCAGUUCAACCACCUCUAGAUUUAAGGUUAUUAUCGCACAUGCCUGUACAUACAGCGCAAGAUUCAACUUCUUUGAAAGAGAAAUUAAUAAACGAAGAAAAGCAGAAAAUGGCAAAAAAGGAAGAAACGUAUCCAGAUUGGGCACUGAUGAACGUGAAAAAGUAUAAGGACAAAGAUAACAUGCAAAAAGGACUGAAAAUUCCUGACUGGUCUGCGGAUGAGGAACGCAGAUUUAAGCUAGACACCGAAUCGAAAGACAUAUUGACAUUUAAACGAUGCGAAGAAUCGAAUUUAGAUAACAGUAACGUUAUAAGCAAUAUUACACUUGGUGUCAAGAAAAAGAAUAAUAAAAAGCAAAACAAUGUACAGGAAGUUCAAACGGAUAAUUCUGUGGCAGAGAACGCAUUUUCUGAUAUCCAGGGAACUCAAGAAAAGAAAUACCCUAUAAAUACGCUUACAAAGACAAGUCCUGUAACGAAUAGGAAAGGAAAAUCUAAUCAAACAACAAAUAUUAAGACGGAAACGAAGCUGGUCGAUCAUGAAGUUCAAGUUGACACAACGGGACUUCUUAAUAAUACUCGAACUAAUAAGCUAGAUAGUAAAAGAAAGCAAACUGCAGUUGGAAAUAGCAAUAACAAUCACGUAUCCUUUAAAAAAUUUGAGCCGAAUAGUAAUCAACGGAACAUUCAUCUUUCGGAGGAAGAAACGUCGUCUACAACAACAGAGAGUUCUGUUCAAGAUGAUCCACCGCUUUGUAAGAAUUUCGAUCAACCUUGUGGAAAAUCUGAUAAGUUGCAAAGGAAACCUGCAACUAAAAAGACUAAACCUCAAUCAAUUGUUUCUGUGCCAUGCGUAGAUUAUAGAGAUAAUUACGAAGGUGACUGUGACGACGAUGAAUAUGAUAAAGAAAGACACAAUAAUCCAAACAGAUGGAAAACGAAUACAAGAUCUACUAUGAAACACCAUAUUCAUACGACCCGUACUGUUGAGUCAUCCUUCAAGUUACCACGACAGAAUAAAAAUCCUCCUAGAAAGGAUAAAGGAUCCCAGAAACGUCGAGUCAUCGAUAAAGGACAUAUAAAAGUAGCAACAUUAAAUGGAAAUACUAACCAAAGAGAAGAUGCAACACGUGCAUUGGGAGCUGUUUCCGCUCCGUUACCUCCGCCACCAUCAUGUUGGGGUGAAAAUCGAGCUAGGUUUAGUGACGUCGUAGCACGAAAUCAAGAGAGUAUUUCGUCGUUUUCGGGUUUAAAUAAGUUACACAAAACUCAAACGACCACGCAUAACAUGUCAAUGGUUUUCAAUAACGACACCAAAGAUGUAGAUUAUACUAAACAACAAUCAAGUCAAGAAUUAAUACAUAGUACGAAAGAAUACAGAAUGGUAUCGAAAUCUCCGUCUUUCUGCAUUCAAUCUGUUGAGAAAGAGAAGCCACUUUGUCAAGAUUCUUUGAAAAUGCAGAAUAAUUCGCAACAUUCAAAUAGUUAUUUCAUAAAUACCUUCACGGAACCACUGUUUGAACGUGAAUUGGUUCCAUACGACGAUCUUCCAGAAACCGAUGAACCAUUAAUGGAAUUAGAGAGUCCCGAGGAAGAUACACGAUGUCAGUUAUGGGAAGAUAAUAAUCCUAUGCUUAAAUUAUUGUCUGAUAGUACAACUGGAUUUCAGUUAGAUUCACCAAAAUCUUCAGAGAAACCUCCAAUGCUAACGGAUACAUUAAAGGAUAACUGGGUAACAGUUGAAACAAAUUGGGAACCUUUAUAUACUAGAGCAGCAGUAGGAGAAGAAAGAAGUGGUGUUUGGGGAAUAAAUACAGGAGGUGUAUGGGCUGCAAGUCCAUGGGGUGCAGCUGCACCAUCUCUAGUUUCACAAUUAUCUUCAUUACAAACAGAACCGGAUACACAAGAAAGAUCGGAUUUCGAUCCAUUUCGUUCACUCAGUACAAUAUGGACACCAUCAUCCUCAGAGUCUUGGAAGAAAAAGCACGAAGACUAAUCUCGUUUCCAAAAAUUUUCAAUAUUGUAUCUUGUGAUAUCUAGACCUGGUUAAAGCAAUUUUCUUUUCUAAUAUGGAAAGUAAUAAUGUAUUUAUUAGCAACACCUUUCGUGAUCGGUAACGCUUAAACUACAGGCUGAUUUUGUUAUUAUUCGUGUUUCGCGCAUUUGUGAUAUGUUGUUGAAUAGUACCUCGCAUAAUAAUACCGAAUAAUUUCGGGCAAAA